AUGGUGCCACCAAGUCAAUCAAUAAACGCGUGGAUUGAAACAAAUCUUUUCCAAGAUUUUGCCACUAUGCCGACAGGGCAAGGAAUCGUUAACUCUUCGAUAAAACAAAUCAACGGAAGCAAAACAGAACUCAAAGAAAAAUUUUCCAAACGGCGAGUAACUAGGUCAAUGACCCAACGAGUAAAUGAUUCCAUAGGCUAUAAUGAUUCUUCUGAUUCUAUGAUCACAACUCAAUAUAUCGAUGAUAAAAGGGAUGAUGAUAUAAAUAUUACGGAAAGCAAUAUCGAACCCUUGGAUGAUUUGGAAGAACAGACUGCUGCUGCACAAGUACUUCAAGUUUUAAGAUUUGCUAAUGUCCCUGGUGAUUCUAGCCCGGAUUCAUCGGAUACAUCUUCACCAUCACGUACACGUAUUGUUGACAAUCUUGUCGAAAAUUCAUCGAUCAUUACCUUAGAUAAUAAUAAAACUCCAUAUGAUUUGCAUGAAUGGAAUUCUGAAGAAGAUGAGUUGUUAAAAAGUGGUGUUAACAACCUUGGAUAUGGGAAUUGGAGAGAGAUUGCUGCAACAAUACCUGGUCGCACUGAAGAUCAAUGUAAAGAACGUUGGGACAUUAUUACAUUGAGAGAAAUAAGAGAUGAUGCUGGUCUAAAUAAUACAUAUUUUGAUCCAGACUGGGGGACAAUUGCUCAACUUGAUACGGAUACAGCAUCAACAACUGGAACACAUGAAGGUAUUUCCAUUGAUUGGAGUGGUGUCGUUAACACUGCUUUACUUCCUAUUGCUCUUCCAAACAACAAAGAAGGUCCUGAAGAAAAUACAUCACCCUCCCCAAAAUUGUUAACCAAUAAGCAUUCUAGAGACGAUAAUAUUGAAAGUUUCAUUACAAAGGAUACUAAUGUAGAAAAAAUAGAAGCUUUGAAUGAGGCAGAAAUAUCUGCUGAUCUUCUUAUUACUGCAAUGGAUGAAAAUCCCGAAUUCUUUUAUCAUUCAACAUCUAACGAUUACCCCGAAGUAUCUUACACAGCUGGAUCUGAAACUUUUUUUAUUUCCGAUGAAACUACAAAUAUUUCGACAUGCUCAACAAAAGUAGAGGAUUCAAAUGAAACUAACAUUCAUCAAAUUAAACGACGAAGAACAUCAGUUUCGGAUAAAAGUUUAUGUCGAAAUUCUCCAAGUUCAAGUACGGAUGGUAAAACUUCUCAACUUGGAUAUGCAUGUUUAUACCCACAUUGUAAUAAGUCGUUUGCUCGACUAUACAAUUUAAAGUCACAUCAGCGAACACAUUCGACUGAUCGACCGUUUAAAUGUUCAUCUUGUGAAACUGCAUUUGCAAGAAAUCAUGAUCUUAAGCGACAUCAAAAAAUUCACGAGAAUAUCAAACCUUAUAAGUGUCUUGGUUGUAAAAAGUUAUUUUCGAGAUUGGAUGCUCUAAAGCGUCAUAAACAAAACCCAAAAAGUCGUGAAUUGUGUCACGAGACUGAAGUAGCAACUGCGUGA